AUGUACGACCUGGACCCCUGCGAGGCUUCGGGGAGACGUGGUGGGGAUCCUUGGGUGGUCGACGGGACGAGUAUCGCGACGCGCCGGUCGCGGAGGAGAAGAUGUGGUGGUAGUUUCGUAGGAUGCUCUUUCCCGGCGGGGGAAGCCGGAGAGCAGCAGCGCCAGCGAUGGAAGACGGGCGGAGAGAGCACGGAAGAGCUCGCUGGUGAAGAUACUUCCGAUGAGACGAGAUCCGGAAGGGUUUUCCCUAACCUCGAAUACGUGACUCGUCUCGACGGGUUCAGUAACGUAUCUAUUAGUAAUAAGGCAUUACUCGGUUUUAUCUAUGCCGGGGGGUAUCUGAAAGAUGCUGGAAGUGCUUUCGAAUAUUGCGCCCGAGUUCAAGGGAAACGCUGGCAGGUACUCAUGGUGCUGCUGACCGGCAAUGGAAGCGCUGGUGACAGUAAUCCAACACUAUGCUUCGGCUGCCCCUGA